GUUAGAUGGUCGUUAAUAACUGGGGCUCCCCGGGAUUGUUCACAACAACAGAGGAAGCCGCACCAGCUCUGACCAAAUAAAGCCCCGUCGCGAUUUGUAGAUCCUGUUUUGGAGCCACACUAACGGAAACCAACACAAACGCGUUCCUGUGCUCGGAGCUCCGUCCUCCCGCUGGUAGCUAUUGUUUGAACCGAGCUAGCUUUGUCCUUCUCCGCCGUCACAGCUGUGGUGGGUCGCCGAUAUAUUUAUACAAAUCGUUGUGGAAUAUGGCUCAGCAUGGACAUCAUGUAGCCAGUUCCCAAAAAGCACUAAUGCUGGAGAUGAAAAGUCUCCAAGAUGAGCCAGUCGAAGGCUUCAAGAUAACUUUGGUGGACGAGUCGGACAUGUACAACUGGGAAGUAGCGAUAUUCGGACCCCCAAAUACUCACUACGAGGGUGGAUAUUUUAAGGCUCGGAUCAAGUUCCCCGUCGACUACCCGUACUCUCCACCUGCCUUCCGCUUCCUCACCAAAAUGUGGCACCCCAACAUUUAUGAGAACGGGGAUGUAUGCAUCUCUAUCCUGCACCCACCAGUGGACGACCCUCAGAGCGGAGAGUUGCCUUCAGAGAGGUGGAACCCUACACAGAACGUCAGGACCAUCCUGCUCAGCGUGAUCUCUUUGCUGAACGAGCCCAACACUUUCUCCCCGGCCAACGUGGACGCAUCCGUCAUGUACCGCAAGUGGAGGGACAGCAAGGGCAAGGACAGAGAGUACAUCGAGAUCAUCAGGAAACAGGUGUUGGCUACCAAAGCAGACGCAGAGCGGGACGGCGUCAAGGUUCCCGUCACGUUGGACGAGUAUUGUGUCCGCACCCAAGUCCCGCCCACAGACGACGGCUCCAACCUCUUAUACGAUGACUACUAUGACGACGAGGAACUGGAGGAUGACGACGAGGACGACAACGAGGACUGUUGCUACGAUGACGACGACUCGGGCACCGAGGACUCCUGACCUCGUCACUCCACUUGCCCUCACCCUCCACACACACACACACACACAAACGCACACACACACAAACACACACACCUUCUUCUCUCGUCAUGGACUGAACUUUAAUUCCCCGCCCCUCUUCGUCCUGAAUCGACCCCUCGUCAUCCUCACUUAGCACACCUUCUGUCACAUGUGCAGUCACAGUAUGCACACUAAAACCUGAUGCAUCGAAGAAAAGAAAGCUACAGAGUUGUUUUUGUUUGUUUCUUACAUGUUUAUUUUUAUUUUUUCCAUUUUGUUGUCUGAGUAGAGGUUACACACAAUACACACACACACAGCAGCACAACUUACAGUAAUAGCACUUCCUCAUCUGCUUCUGCUUGUCUGCACUGAUAACUAAAUUUACACAGUUUUAGCUCAGAGACCUGUUCCUUCCUUCGGCUUUGAGCGCAACAAAGCCCGUCUGGUGGCCAAGUUUCUUGCAGAAAAUUUGGCGGAGCAGCGGUCACGCCUUUUCUCGACAUCAGCAGCAGGGAGAAAUGUAACGUCACAGGUCAGAUCAGAUCACACAAGCACGGAGCAUUUGCAAGGGAAGCAAAUUUAAGAAAAUUGGCGCACGGUCUGCGUGUUUUGAAAAGCCGAGUGACUUCCGUCUCUGAGCCAUGUGUGUGACCUCUGGUUUAGCUGGCGGCCAUGCUUCACCUCUGACCUUUUUGAGCCCCCAGGGCUUGUGCUGCUCCAAAUAGGGAAGUUUAAAAAAAAAAAAAAAGAAAAGAAAAAAAGAAGCUGUUCACACUCCCUUGUGCCUUCCCUCACUCUCUGUUAUCACAGACCGAAAUGACUUGUGGGACAGACCGUGUACACAGCGCGUCGAAGCAGCCUGACACACAGAGGUGGCAGAGGGAGAUAUUGAAGCUCACAAGGUCUCAGGUGGGUGCAAACAGCGCCCUCCUGAUGGAACAAACUUAUUUAUAGCAGUGAGAAAGGUGUUCGACAGCUGAACCGAAGACUGGAAUGUAGAUGAGAAUCCCACAAACGUCCGACUGCCACGCAGCCUUCAUCAAACAAGCACGUGCUACUAGUGGCCUGGAUGCAUUAAGAAACAGCUAGCUGAGCCUGCUGCUGCUCAUGAAAUCCAAUGUACUGUAUUAAAAAUACCCUAUGCAGUCAGUGCUUGAACCUUCUUAAUAUGCAGUGCUUUAAACGUGGCAGUGAAGCUGAGCCUUUCAACAGUCUGACCUGAACUCCAGCUCACAACAUGUGAGGGCUUUGGACGGACUUUUGCUCAGAGAUGGACAUGAUUCGUCUCUGCGUUCGUUGUUAUUCUAACUCCAGAGUAGCACAAGUCUCCAGAG